AUGGCUUGAUGUUUAUAAUAAUGUGUAAUUUCGUGAAUCACCAAUCACUUCAUAUAGGCCUACUAAAACAUAAAUUUGAAUAAACUUUAAAGUGUCAAGACGGUAUCAAAUUCGGAGGCUCAGCAACGUCAUCUUUACUAAAGACUAGUUUGUUACACAUCAUACAGAUUCAACAAAUACAUAUUCAAAUACUUACCUGUACAUGUGUAAUCUACUUGAUACUUUUGUAAAGCAAGAAGAUGAAGAGAUUUACACAGACUACAAGAAAGAUGGACAUGACCUGGUGAAGUCCGGGCAUACAUAAGUUAACAUUUUUCUCAGGUGGGAAUAUUCAUCAGUGUUGUACAGUGGAUAUACGUGAACAGGAGAUAAUAUAUAUUACCGUCACCGGUAGGACUGUUAAAAUAAAAAACAUUCUGCUGUUCUAUAAGCAACUUUUAGUGACGUAAUACUGCUCUCUAUAUACAUGUACCUCAUCCUUUGGGAUAUAUCACAGUGCAUAUAAUAUAUCUUAACUGACAAACUGUACGCAAUGAGUACUCCAACAAUGAACCAGACACACGCAGAACAUGUAAUAAAACAAGAGUUGGAACAUGAAAUAAAACGAGAGUCGGAACAUGAAACUUGCACAUGGUCACUGUGUGCACUGAAGGUUGUGAGAAUCUUCAAGUGUAAAACAUGCUCCAAAACAAUACACAGGACUUCGACUCUAAAUCUAAUAUCCAUACAGUCCAAACAUUUCGGUCAGCUGAGCGGCGAAUUGCACUGCAAUGUAUGCAGUAAACAGUUCAGUCACAUGGGAAGCAUGAAUAUUCAUAAGAGGCGGCACGCAGGUUUGAAACCGUAUGGUUGUGUGAACUGUACGAAACAAUUCAUGACUGAAUCAGGACUAACUUCUCACAGAGACAAUGGUGAAAAAUGUUUUAUGUCGAGACUUCAACCAACCUCAAGAAGUGACCAAGAUGAGAGUGAUGAAACAAGUGCAGAAGAAUCAUCCAUGAAAGAAUUGGGAUCGGUUUCUAAAACAAGUCGUGAUCAGACCAAAAAAUGCUCAAAAACCAAAACAGGUACCGGUACUGUUAAUUCUAGACUGACUACAAUUAAAUUAAAAUCAAGGUCAUAUCAGACACACAAAAAAGUGUCGUUUAGAGUUGAUAGACGGACAAGUGAUACUUCAAUUGGUGAGAAUGGACAUCAGGAAGAACAAUUGGUAGAAGAGGCUUAUGAUGAUGAAUACUUUAAAGACAAAACUAUCAAAAAAGAAAAUGAAAGUAUUUCCGAUGAAAGCAAGAAGACAAGUGAUAAAAAUCAAAGUGAUGUGUUUUUUCGCAAGAAGCUGAGAGAAUCUGGACGUUCAAGGACAAACAAAUUGAAAAGAUUUGAUUGUGAACACUGCAACAAAUCCUACAGCUCUGCUUGUAAAUUAAAAGUUCACCAAAGAUCACAUACUGGAGAGAAGCCAUUUGAAUGUGACUGUGGUAAACGGUUUGCCCGAUCAGACAAGUUACGAGUCCAUCAGCGAAUCCACACCGGAGAACGGCCAUACGCGUGUGAACUGUGCCCCAACACGUACUUCACACUGAACGGCUUGAACGCACACAAGUUGAUUCACAGCGGUGUGAAGCCCUUCACUUGUGACAUCUGUAACAAACAGUUCCCUCGGCUUGACAAGCUCAAUCUGCACCAGCGUAUUCAUUCUGGGGAGAAACCCUACCAGUGUAGCUACUGCAGCCGAUGUUUCAGUGUGGCAUCAACCCUGAGAAACCAUGAACGCAUUCACACAGGAGAAAAGCCAUUCUGUUGUAAACUCUGUGGAAAGCUGUUCAGACAGUUGUCAGGUCUACAUGUUCAUGAAAAGACAUACCAUGGAGAGAAGAAACACCAGUGCAGCAUGUGUAGCAAGUCCUUUCCAACUGCUCAAGGUUUACGAUCUCACAUCAUGACGCACACUCAAGAAAAACCCUUCACGUGCGACUUCUGCGGCCAGCCAUUUAGACAGAAGGUGAGCCUGGAGCAGCACCUCCGCAUCCACACCGAGGAGCAUCCAUACGCGUGCACGAUCUGCGGGAAGCUGUACAUGUCCCCGAACGGGCUGAAGAUGCACAUGAUGAACCACCGGGGGGAGAAACCACACGCGUGCGAUGUGUGCGACAAGCGUUUCACGCGCAUCAAUGCUCUGAAGGACCACAAGCGAACGCACACCGGGGAAAAGCCUUAUUCUUGCAAGCAGUGCCUUCGCCUGUUCGGUACCCAGUCGAAAUUGUCCCGGCACAUGCUCACCCACUCCAAUGUUAAGAAGUUUGUGUGCAUUGUGUGUGGUAAAUCGUUUUCCAGAUCGGACAACUUGAAGACUCACAUCAAGUCACACUCGGCAGACAGUCAGCAUGUCUGUAUAAUGUGUAAGAAACGCUAUGCGUCCCAACAGCUGCUCACAGAGCACAUGGCGAUACACUAUCAAAACAUGCAUCCCCAGCCAGUUCCAGCACAGAAUGUCAUAGAAACGGUGGAGUCCAGUACUGUGGAAUUGAUGGUGGACAGUGCCGAGGAACUUGCAGGAACUCUCGUCCAGCUGUCUCAGGGACAUGUUGCCUCUGCACCAUACAUUCCACAGACGGUGUAUCAGUGAAUGAAGAAUGUUGUAUAGUCAGUUAAGAGAAAUAGUAAUGUUGUAUCUGGUUAAGGAUUCGUUGAUUGCAAUUCAACAAUGUUAUUGUUUAAACAUUAACGACUAUGAAGUGAUUUUUAAGUUAUUAAUUUUAUUGUGAACUUUUAUAUAUGAAGAGAUCAUUUCCGAUAUCAUAAAUGCCAAUUUUCAAAUUUUGUAGGCAUACUGAUGUUAGUACAACUCUUUUAUUCAACACUAUGACAAUAAGGUUUCCAUCUAAAUGUGGUCUAUGUCAUAUGUCAGCAAAACCACAUUUUCUCAAAAUGAUGUACCGGUAAAUGGAUAGUAUUUAGCAUUUUGGAAAUUAACUUUUCAUACGUUAUUUUGGAGCACGAAAUUGACAGCCAGUGCUCCACAACUGGUCCAGCAAAUACCAUGGUAUGUACUGUCUUGUUUGUAUGAUGGUGCAUGUAAAAGAACCCUUGCUACUAAUCGGAAAAGAGUAGCCCAUGGAGUGGAAGGUGGUUUUCUCUUUAAUUAUCUUUAUGGUCCUUAAUAAUGUUUCUGAUGCCAUAUAACCGUAAUUAAAAUGUUGAGUGUGUCGUUAUACAACUGGUAUAUCAAAGGCCAUGGUAUGUGCUAUCCUGUCUGUGGGAUGGUGCAUAUAAAAGAUCUCUUGCUACUAAUG